AUGGCAGUGGGGGUGGCCUCGCCGGCGGCAGGGCACGCUGCACAGGCGAUCGGCAGUGGGGACGGGGCAGGGGGUCAAGCGACGUCGGAGGUCGCGGAGAAGGAGGAACCGCGCCCGGCGGAGCGAGUGCCGGUGCCGGGAAUGGGGAUAGGGAACGGAGCGGGGCCAACGGAUGGGGUACCAGCGGCGACCGCCGUGGAAGGGGAAGAGGAGGAGAAUGCGGCGGCGGCGGAGGAGGAGGAUGAGAAGUGGCUGAAGGAUUACUCGUCGAUGCACAGCAUACUGACCGUCGGCGACGGUUACUUCUCCUUCUCGCUGGCGCUGGCCUCCAAGUUCGGCUCCGGAGCGUUGAUGGUCGCGACGUCGCUCGACACGUAUGGUUAG